AGCCAUUUUGUUUGGACACCUGAGCUUUGCCAUCGUUCGACGAAGUGCGAGCGGACUAUGUGCUGGAAUGGGUGUGGCUUGGACAAGAUUGCGGUUGUUGUGUCUUUUGUGCUGAGCUUGGUCAUGAAUGGCCUUGGGUCCUCAGGUGCGCUGUCAGGCAAGUCGAUCGGGGAGAUCUCAAAUGAAUACCCAACGUACGUCACACCUGAUGGGCUCACUUUCAGCAUAUGGGCAGUGAUUUACACCCUGGAGUUGGUGCUGGUCGUUCGGCAAGUUUCCCCAGAUCCACAUGCAGAAGCUCUUCUUUCACAACCCGGCCCUUCUGGAUGCUUCAGUGUGCGAUGGAGAUUGGUGAUGGUUUUCAUGGCCAAUGGGAUUUGGUUGCCCCUCUAUGUGAAUUUGUGUUUUGGCUGGGCCUUGAUUGUCAUUAUCGUGUACUUGGGAUAUCUCCUCUCCGUCUACCGUGAUUUGAACAGCAAGACAGCAUCAUCAUUUUGGGAGUGGCUUAGCUUUUGUGCGGGAAUCGCCUGCAAUGCCAGUUGGGUUUUAGUGGCCACCUGCGCAAAUGCCUUCACCUUUGCUGGGGUUCUUGGGUGGAAGGACAGCUUUGGAGUGGCUGGCACUCCAACAGCAGCCGCAGUGGUUGUUGUGGCCGUGUCGGUGAUUGGCAUUUUCAAGGCGGUGCUGCGGAGUGAUUUGGCUUGGUCCCUGGUUGUUUGUUGGGCGCUGGCUGGGGUCUAUCGGAUGCAGACAGGGAGCGACCCGGAUGCCUUUCCCGAGGGAGCUUUGGAUCGGCAACUGGCUUUAGUUGCAAUUUGGUGUUCCUCCGUCACAUUCUUGGCUUCGUUGGUGGGCCUCUUCCUGGGCGACAACAACGGCGCACUUCAAGGUCUGAAAGGUGUCACGGUUGCCAAGCCUCUGGCCACAGGUGCCUUGAGCCCGUAGGCGUGGCAGUGUAGCAAAACCUACAGUGCCCUAUAAUUCAUUGGCGAGCACCAGUUUUGCUGCGGUAUGUAUGUCUUUAGCAACGAUUAGAUUAGACAUACAUUAGGGCUAUUAGGGUCUGCCACUGCCAGCUGACAGGCCUGAGAACAUACCUUUGUUUCAAGUUGGAAAGGGCACUGGAAAGGC